ACAUGAGUUAAUUAGGUAGCAUGCAGGAUAUGGGAGAUAUUCAAGUUUACAAAUGUCCUCUAGAGAGGACAAAUUUUAACUGCCGGUAGUCAGGAGGAUAUAGCACCGAAAAUGAUUAAUUAAAAGAUACAACCUACUUUAUAUAAUGGGCUUGGAAACUUGAGCAUUUAAACACAUGAACUGUAUUUAGCAGGCUGAAGAAAAUAAAGUCUAUAUAUUUAAGGCAGUAAUGUUACAAAAACAAUGUUAAAGAAAAUUAUAUGUAUAGCCUAAGGGAGUACAGUAACAUCUGAAUCCCUGCAGUUUUUCACUUUGUCCUUUAUAGUAGCGCCCUCUAUUGGUCACCAACAGCCGCAGCAGAAACUCCCGAUCUGCGCUCUCCAGGUGCUUCACCGACAUGCUUUCGCGUGGUUACUCACUGAGCUAAAUUAACCGACUUCAAUGGCCCCUAAAAUGAAAGCAGCCUCUAAAAAGCGCAAAGUUAACCGCGUAGCGGGCGCUGGUGUUAAGGGGCUGGGAGCCAUCGGCGACAGCGACUCGGAGCAGGAGCUGGAGAGGAACUUCGCUUUGAUCGAAAGACGGGACCCAGAAGGACGCCAAGAGACGGGAGGGGAGGCCGGAGACGAGCCUAGUGGAUCUGAAGGUUGCAGUGAGGAUGGGGACGUCGGUGAGGACCAAGAGGUAGAUCCCGCAGAAACGAGUGAGGAUGACGAUGGCGCCAGCGAAGAGUGUGUGACUGACAGCGACUCUGACGGUGCAGCUGGACCGGACUCCGAGCCCAGAGCAAGGCAAAGUGAAGAAGACAUCAAAAAAGAAUUGUCGGCGAUGUCUUUUGAGGAGAUCAUGAAGCUGCAGAAUAAAGUGGGUACAAAGGUUUUCAAUGAAGUGGCUUAUGGGACUAAAAAGAAGCAGGGUGCAGAGAAGGGGAAAAAGCGGCUCAAUAAGAACAGACCCAUGGAAGUCUCAGCCAAGCAGUCUGUUCCUUUUCUGAGACAUGUGGUGCCUGUUAAGAAAAAGAUGCCGAGAGAUCCUCGGUUCGAUGACCUUUCCGGAGAGUACAAGCCGGAGAUUUUCGAGAAGACUUACAGCUUUAUUAAAACCAUCAAGCAGAAGGAGAAGGAGUUAGUUCAGAAGAAGAUUAAGAAAGUCAAGUCCAUGAAGAAAAAGGAACAGCUUGAUCACUUGUUGAAGAGAAUGGUGGACCAGGAGAGAGCCCAGAAGCAGAGGGAACUACAGCGGGAGAAAGAGCUGGAGCACAAGAGGAGGCAACGGGAGCUGGUGAAGCAGGGCCACCGGCCCUUCUUCCUCAAGAAAUCUGACAAGCGCAAACUGGAGCUGGCUGAGAAGUAUAGCGACCUGAAGAGGAGUGGGAAGCUGGAGAACUUCCUGAGCAAGAAGAGGAAGAGGAACGCCAUGAAGGACCGAAGGAAGAUGCCGCUGCAUCAGAAAGCUCAGUGAACGUGGGGGCGGAGCCUGACAACCCAUAGACUGCCUGUGCAGAGAUAUGGACCCGUGUUAGGGCUCCAGGUACUGAAGAAGGCUACAGACCUGUACAUACUGUACAUAAAAAUCAAAGGCUUUUGGUUACAGCCUUGAUUGUUGUACAAAUGCUUUAUUACCUCAGUUCUUUUUUUCUGUGUGUGUUACCACAAUUGUAACUAAUGAAAUUGGCAAAUGUCAAACUAUUAAAAAAAAAAAAAGAAAAACGUUA